AUGUAUCUUAGGUGCCAUAGGCCCCUCACCUCACUCUCCAGUCCCUGCUUCCCUCACUACUGUACCCCUCCCCCACUCACUCCCCCCAGCCUGCUUCCCUUCCCCCUGCUGCAGCCUCUGCGCCAGGCCCCUGCUCGCCUCGCCCUACGCACCCCUGCUGCCUUCCCCUGCUGCCUCCGCUUCACUCCCGCUUACUGCUCGCCACUCUGCCUCACCUCCCCCUGCUGUCUUCUACUGCUGCUGGCUGCCUCGCCCUCUCCCCCCCCCCACACACUCACUGCCUGCCAACAUGCCUCCCUUCCCCCUCUGCCGCCUCUGCGUCAGCCCCCUCACCUCCUCGCCUCGCCAUACAAGCCUCUGCUGCCCUCCCCUGCCGCUGCUGCUGCCUCCACAUUACUCCCCCUCACUGCCCGUCAGCCUGCCUUGCAUCUCCCCGCUGUCGCCUCUGCGCCAGCCCCCUCACCUCCUCUGCAGUGGGCGGGCGAGGGCCUUCAGGGGGCUGAGAAGGCGGAAGCGGGGAAAGCCGAAGCGGGGAAGGCGGAAGCGGGGAAGACGGAAGCGGGGAAGGGCGACGGGGUGAAGGCGGAAGCGGGGAAGGGCGAAGGAGCGAGGGCGGAAGCGGGGAAGGGCGACGGGGUGAGUGCAGAGGAGGGGAAGGGCGAAGGGGUGAAGGCGGAAGCGGAGAAGAUGCGGAGGUCGAGGAGGACUCAAGUGGCGGAGAAGGAGAAACAGCACCCCAGGCGGUGCCGCAGCAACCCGCCGGUGGUGACGGCGGUGAAGGCGGUGACGCCAGUAGGGGAGGCGCCGCCGACAGGCGAGGUGCCGCCAGACGAGGCGCCGACGCGCUACUGCGACGGUAGGAAGAGGCGGCGACUGAGUCGGCGCGUGAGGCGGCAAAGGGGGAGAACGAAGAGGGCAAAGGGGAUGCGGAGAAAGAAUGUCACCUCUUUCUGCCGGGAUUUGCCUUCUUUGCCGCAAUUUCUGCUGCCACGUGAUACGUCGGUGCGUGGCAGCGUCCUACGUCUUUUCUUACGAAGCUUCGACUCUCCACUAAUUCGCAAUGUCUACGGUAUCCGUUAUUGA